AGUGAGUAGAUAAUUGGCAGCACCUGGCUGACUUCCACGCCUCACCCCUGCGGACGCACACGGCCUCCAGCGGUUUUUAACAUUGUGGAGCGGCUACACCAAAGAAAACAGACAUCUAGUUUAACAUGCUUCAAGUAAAAUGUCCACAUUUGCUUUUAUUUGUUAUCACGUUAUUCACAGUGAGUUGCUAUAGCACUGAACACGCCGCUGAACGAGGCGGCCAAGGUAACGAGAACGCUGCAACUAGCAAACUGGAAACAUCUGAUUUCAACUUAAACUCCACCAAUAUGACUCAUUUCGCCUAUGGGAUUGCUGCAAAUGUGGUUGCUGUGCUGUUGUAUGGAAGCAAUUUCGUUCCUGUCAAAAGGAUAGAAACAGGAGAUGGAAUGUUUUUCCAGUGGAUAAACUGUGCAGCCAUAUGGAUGGUAUCUAUGGUUGGAGACUUGAUGCUACAGUCGCCCAAAUUCUACCCUUUUGCAAUGCUUGGAGGUGUGAUCUGGGCUACAGGGAAUAUAACAGUUGUUCCAAUUGUGAAAGCAAUCGGCCUUGGCCUUGGGUUUUUAAUUUGGGGAUCCUCUAGCUUGUUGAUGGGCUGGGCCUCUUCAAGGUUUGGCUGGUUUGGGAUCGCUGCUCAAGAUGUUUCUAAGCCAAUAUUAAAUUAUUGUGGAGCUGGAUUGUGUCUGCUCAGUGGGCUGAUCUUUUUCUUUGUGAAAACGGACGUGGAGCUGCAUCCCAAUUCAGAAUCAAUUCCAUUACUUAUAGACAGGAGAACAAAUUCAGGCAGCUAUGGACCAAGUUCCUCAGAGUUCUGGAUAGACGUCAUCAGACCAAAGACCAGGCGGUUCAUAGGCUGCCUGCUUGCUUUUGUGUCGGGCCUGAUGUACGGGUCCUCCUUUGCACCCAUCCUCUACAUUAAGAGCCAUUCAUUGUGUCAUGACAGCAGGUUCCAUGGAGCCAGUAUCUAUGACCUUGACUAUGUUCAUGCGCAGUGCUCUGGCAUUUUUAUUGCAAGCACAGUGUAUUUUGCCAUCUACUGUGCUGCUAUGAAUAACAGGCCCAGAGUCUACUCCAGAGUCAUCCUACCAGGUCUAUUGUCUGGAUUGAUGUGGGCACUGGCCACAUACUGCUGGUUCCUGGCCAAUAACUACCUGAGUGCAGUCGUUACCUAUCCUAUUGUAACUGCAGGAUACGGUCUGGUUGCAGCACUGUGGGGAUCCUUGGUAUUCAAAGAGAUUAGGGGUUUAGCCAACUGUUUCAUCUUCGUCUUGGCCUCCUGUGCCGUGCUGACCGGCUCCUUGUUGACCGCCAUCUCAAAGCUCUGAAGAAAUUUGCUGAUGGAUUGAUUUAUUAGCUUGUUGUUGAAAAUAUGUUUUGUCACCUUUGCUUUGUUCAGUUGUUGCUAAAAUGCUGAUACCUGUAUUUGUUUAACACAUCGCUCACAAGCUAACAAUCAUUUUAGAAUGACUGUCAUACUUAGAUACUGCACAUUUCUAUUUAUACUAAACAGACACGGUGGUUGUUUGUGUGUCAACACUUGACAUUUGUUCGUAUUUGUGCAAGAUUAAGCUAUUAAAAAGAAUUUUUGAAAAAUGUG